AUGCUACCAUCCUCAUCGUCUCCCCUCGGGGAGUUAGCGUCAUUGCAAGAGAAAACUUGCUUUUUAUUUCGGUGGAUAUCCUUAAAGGUGUUGGGCCAAUCUUUUAACCCUAAAUUUUUAUAUCCUGUCGUUGAAAAUGAUGAGGGAGUAUGGGAACUAAAUCACUCCUUCAUAGUCGGGUUAUCGUCUUAUGAACUUUACAGUGGAAUCAGCCAAAUAAUUGAAUUCAAUUCUUCUCCUAACGAUUUUUCUAGUUUACUUGGGGAAUUGGCAAAUUUAUGUGGUGGCCGAAGAUUGGUUCUUGAUUCAGCCGUUCUCGAAUCAUAUGCACAUGAAUUGCUGGAACUGACGAAAGAUAGACCAGUGUGUUACAAGGGUGAAUUCCAAAAUUCUCAUAUCGUCCAGCCAAGUGAUUUAAUAUAUCCUCAUAUCGAAAUGCAACGUGGUGAUUAUUCACAAGCUGCUGACCAACUGAAUCUCAUCUGGUUAGCAUCACAUAUUGCUUUAAUCGAAAUGAUUUUACGGAUUUAUUUAUUGAAGUUGAUUACACCGGCGAAGUUGGUCAGUGCUUUAAGUACAAUAGCUGGAUGUCAAGUAAAUGAGCGUGCAAUAAAAGGACUUCAAGGUGCUGAUGGAGCUUUAUUUUGGCUGGUUACAGUCGCUGCUAGAACAGUCACAAUUUUAGGCAUAAAUGAUUGUACAGAAUGGUUGAUUAAUCAUUUGAUUAAUGAAGAUAAGUCGAACGAUUCGCAUUCACCUGCAUCAUCUUGUGAUUCAGCAAAUACCAUAAAUACAGACUCUUUAAAAGAGUCAGCGGAUAUAUUCUUAAGAGGUUUAGCAAUGGCGAAUCUUGUCGCGUUGUCAUUUCACUUUUAUUGUCCUGAACUAGCUCCAGCUGAAGAUUUUUUGUUUAAUUUUCUACCAACUGGAGAAAUGGAACAAGCAGCUUCACAUCAUAAUGCACGUGCGAUUGCAUCAGUAUGUCAACAAAAUUCAGAUUUACACAAUGUUAUAUUUUUAAUGCCUGAUUCAUGCAAUGGGAAUACAAUACGUUUCAAUGAUUCAUGUUCAACAACACUCAGUGCGUUGAAUCUAUUGGGAUUUUGUUCACAAGGCUUGGCUAGAUCCCCGACACAUCGACGUUUACAGCAUGCAGCAAUGGCUGGUGAACUUUUUGUCUGGUUCACAUCACGUGUACCAAGUCGGGAAGUGAAUUCAUUGUUACUGGCUGGUGUAAAUUAUAAGGCUAAUCAGUCUAAAGUAACUACCAGUAAAUCAGAUAUAAACAAAAAAGAAUUCAAUGAAUCAAUAAAUUUAGUAAGUGAUACUGAUGAGAAUCAAAUGAUCGACAUGAUACCAUUAGAUCGAGUAACUACACCAAUAAACAGUGAUUGUACAUCAGUAUCUGGUAGAGCAACUUAUCGGUUAGAUGAAAAUGUACUAAAGCGUGGAACACAACUACAACAACACCAACACCAACAGCAAGCCGGUAAUUUUAACCGAUCAAAAACAAUACGGUUAAAUAGAAAUCAAUCUGAUGUUGAAAAAUUACAUCUUAGACUUAAUGAACUGUCAACUAAUCAGUUGGUAAAUUCAAAAACAGGAGGGAUAUUUCUUCCUGAGUCUAAACAACACAAUAUAUCAAUAAAUUAUCAAGAAACUUUAGGUCAAAUGAAUGAUCAAGGUCAACCACCAGCAAAAUGGAAUCCAUUGGAAGCGUUAUUUAGACCAUCUGAAGGGAGUGAAUCCCCUGAAGUAUUUACCAAUAUCCCAUCUACUGAAAAUCAUGUAGCUGAAACAGAAAGUAUUGAACAUCGUACUUCAGAAGUGAUGCCUAGUUGUUCAAUAUCUGAUUAUUGGCCACCAAAUACACCUCAGUGUACUAAACUGAACGCACAAGUUACAAAUAUUCGAAACACUGAUUGCAUCAAUUCACCAAAUUCUGUCUAUCCUAAUGGUUAUCCUAACACAGAAAAUAUAAUGUGGGUUAAAAGUCCUGAAUUUGUCGAGGAUGCACCACACAGACAACAUAGAAGAUCACUAUCGCAUAGUGAAAUGUUCCCUGCUUACUCAUCAUUUCAUCAUAAAAAUUAUCCAGUGCCUACGGUGCAAGCAUUUGGAACUUACAAUGAUUUUGAAAGGCUGAACCAAAACACGAAUCAAUACUACAAAGGCCACCAUCAUCACCAUACUAAUAGUUUUUCUAGAUCACACAAAACAUAUUCUCGUAAAAAGUGUCAUUCAAAGCACUGUAGUGCGCAUUGUGUUGAUGGUUACUCAGAUUCUGACAUAAAUGCAAGAUAUUACAGGAAACAGGUUGUGAAACAUGCUUCAUCUGAUUGUUUGAGCAGUUCAGAAGAAAGUGGCGACAGUGAUGUCAGUAAUCCAUAUCAAACCUUACAUGAAGGUUAUCUCAAUCAUCAGCAUUGUCAAUGCUGUGCUUUUUUGAUGGACAAAAAGGAGAUAAGAGGAAAACUGACUCGAAAUAAAGUAAGACAGUCUUGUCGUUCUGGACGAAGUGUACGAAGACGACAAAAUAUACCAGAGAAAACAAAUCAACCCUACUUUUAUGCUUCUCCUUCUUUCCAAAAUCAAUUUCAUUGUAUGUAUCCUUAUGAGCCCCCAAAUCAGGCUAUUUCUAAUAUCCAUUGUGUAUCUCAUGCUCCGGUCCAACCAACUUGGAUUCGAUCUCCAUAUAUGAUGAAUACACUAAAUUCAGGUUCCUUGUAUAUGUCUAAUGAGCCCACACUUUUAGGGUCACCACAAUAUCCAGCACAAUAUCCACCACAAAAUGACAGAAGUCCUAUGACUGUCCCACAGUCUAUCGGUACACACACAUUACAGACGCCUGACUCAAGAAAUCAAGAUACACCAUCAACAGAGGCAAGUGAUCUUCAUGUAAAUACAACUAAAGAAUCGAUCACACCAUGUGAAGUGAUCAGCUUACAAACAAAUGAAUCUAUGCCUAUUCCAAGACCCAGUAUACCAAACCAAUCAGAGUUCAGAUCAAAUCCAGUUGAACAACAUAGACCCGAAUUAAAUCAUAUUGAAGAAAUAAGUGCAACUGUAACAGCCACUUCCUCAGAAAUUAAAAUACCUGUAUCCUAUUCUCAAGCUCAAUCAUUUUUCAUUCCUUUUGGAUUAAAUUCUUCUAAUGUAUCAACUACAUUUCAUCAUCCUAAACACAAUUUCAAGUCAAGAUAUUCUUCUUCAAGUAAAUCAAGAAAACAAUCCUUAACAGAUCAACCUUUGAACGAAUUAAAGCAUAAUGAUACUUCUGAUACUCAAAUAAAUAAUUCUAGUCAAGAGAAUUCAGAUAAAAGCCAUGCAAGAACUUCUACAGAACAGCUAGAGGAGCAUAUUUCAUCUAGUCCAAAUAGAAUAACGUCCAGUUCGGAUGCUAUAGAAAAAUUAAACAAUGAUGCGCACACACCUACUUCUCAGUAUGCAGAUAACAAUGAACCAAAUCACCACGGGAAAGAAACAACACAAGAACGCAUUCUUCCGAGGAGAAACAGUAUCUUACCAAGCUAUUUAGAGAAGAGAUCUCUGAAAGCAAGUGAAAAAGAAACACGCAAUUCAGAUGAAUCUAGACCGCCAUCUGGGAAAUCAGAAAAUGUAGCAGAUAUUCAAAAAUGUUCCAUUCAAACAAAUAACAAUCAUGUGAACAAAUCAAAAGUGUUCCCUGUUCAUCAAAGAAGAACAGCUAGUGUUUCUAGGACUAUAGGUGUUGUAAAACCAAAUAUUAAUGGAGUCAACAGAAGACAUACACAAGAUGAACUGUCUCUAUUGGAUGUUAAAUCUCAAGUGAAUAGUUCUGAAGAUGGGAUGUCAAGUGAUUUGAAAUUAUUCGUUCAGUUACAGACAAAGUCUAAUCGUCGAGCUAUUGCUAACGCAUUGAAUUAUUGUUGUUUAGCUGGACCAGUAAAUGAAAGUAUGAAGCGGACAGCACUAGAAGCACUUGGAUGUUCUGAUGGCAAACAUUUUAUGAUUCUACUGAAAAGUCAUUGUCAAUACAGUGGAUUAUACAACUUUUCGCCUAUUAUUGAAAUAGCUAUGCGUAUCAGUGGGACAGGACCUAGUAAAAUUGAAAAUAAUAUGGUAGAUAAAUACUACAAAUAUGAUAGUGGAUUGAAACGAUUUGUAGAAAUCAAUUCGACUUCUCAUUUGUCUACUGUUGUUGAUGCAAUCCUAUUACAUGGAAGGAGACGUAACUCUACAAAAUCAUAUACAGCACAUACAACAAGUUCAUCGAAAUGUCCUUUGCAUACAAAAUAA